AUGCAGAGCGUGUUUCUCUACUGCAGAACCUCUAUUACGGUGUACUGCGUCGUACCAGAAGGCGACAAAACCUCGGCGGCCGAGUUUCGAAUCGAUGGCGGGCGGGCUGUGCGAGUCAUCAAGGCCUCCAGUGAUCUGCCAGUGUACAACGUCAACUUCUUCCAGUCCGGGAAGUUGGCCUAUGGAGAGCACACACUGCUUAUUACAGAGGUCGGAGAGGAGGAUUUCCGUAUCGACCGCAUCGAGUACGAGAAUGGCUACACACCGACCUCGUCGACGACCAGAACUGUGCAGACAACUCCCACCUCGGAGGCUCUUGUUGGGAGUUCACCGACAAGUACGAGCUUUGUGGUGCAGAGAUCGACGGUGGUCUCAACCAUGAUUGUCACGAACUCGAAUUCGGCGGUAAACGGUCUUCUUCCUACCGGUUCGAUCACGUCUCGCCAGAACUCGACCUCAGCAACGACCGCGAGCAGUUCUCUCCCUACAGGUUCUCCUUCGCCUACGAACAUCGCCGCCAACGUUGAUAGAACAGUCACGCUGAUCUCGACGACCAGCCAGGCGUCCUCUGACGUCGGUUUUGCCCCUCAAUCCAACGCAGCUACGAACCAUCAUGUUCCCGUAGGCACCAUCGCAGGGAUCGUCAUUGGUGCUUUGAUUUCGGUCUUGAUAUCUAUUUUGAUUCUCGUCCUCCUUCGACGUCGCAAACGAACUCGGAGCGAAGUCAGUGAACGCGACGGGUCAGAUAGGACCCCGAUUCGCGAGAAACCUCAGCCUUCCAGGAUGUUCUGGUUCCGCGACCGCUCGAUACCCACCCCCUUCAACCUCGAAACCCCACCUUCCAACCCCUCCGACUCGCGUACACUUCCAGAUCUCUCCUCGACCCUACGCGGAAGAGGUGGUAAAUCCCACUAUUUCCACCCGCUCAGCGACGAGACUUCCGACGAAGUCUUGCCCAGCUCAGCCUACUCCGGGCCUCUCACUCCUCUUACUGUCCCUGACACCUCAACGAGCAGCUUUUACACCGACGGGGCAUAUAACAUUAACGUUGACCGCACCCCACUCACUCCAACGACUACCGUAGGCAACGACCCAGGCAAGACUCUCGAUACCCCUUUCCCUGCCCGUAUCCCUCAGACCUCAAUGGGCGUGCGUCGACCACAGUACCUCUCUGGAGAGACUGUCGUCGCUGGACCUAGCCGCCCUACCUCGCAUUUCCCAUCGUUAUCCCAAUCGCAGUCUGUCGAACUUCCUCCGUAUCCGUUGACGAGAACUGCGGAUGCGACGCCGACGACUGCACCCCCGCCUGGUUAUUAUAACGAGAAGCAUGCUUCGAAUUGA